AUAGAAUGAGGUAAAGGGUUUUAUUAAGCCAUGAUUCGCCUGCUCCACCAUGCCGUCGGCGAUCUCCCAUGGCCGCAAAUUUCAAAAUCCUUCCGGUUGUGGGGUCCCUAUACCCUUCUUCUUCUUCUUCAUCAUCAUUUGAUCUUCACUUCUUCACCAUUUGUCUCAAUUCUCUCAUCCCCAUGGAGUUUCUCCUUCUUCUCAUCCUCCUCCUCCUCUCCCUCUUCUCUCAUUCCUCCUCCGCUGCUCUCUCCCCCGACUACUACCGGAGCUCCUGCCCUGCGUUUUCUCAAAUCAUCCGCGACACCGUCACCAACAAACAAAUCACCAACCCCACUACUGCCGCCGCCACCCUCCGUCUCUUCUUCCACGACUGUCUCCCUAACGGCUGCGACGCCUCCAUCCUCAUCUCCUCUACCCCCUUUAACGCCGCUGAACGCAACGCCGACAUCAACCUAUCUCUCCCCGGCGAUGCCUUCGACAUUGUCGUUCGUGCUAAAACAGCUCUCGAACUCUCCUGCCCCAACACCGUCUCCUGCGCCGACAUCCUUGCGGCCGCCACUCGUGACCUCCUCACCAUGGUCGGCGGCCCUUACUACACCGUCUUCCUUGGCCGCAAAGACGCCAAGGUUUCCAAAGCCUCCGGUAUCGAAGGUACGCUCCCUAGACCCACCAUGUCCGUUUCUGAGAUCAUCAGAAUCUUCGCCUCCAGAGGAUUUUCCGUUCAGGAAAUGGUGGCAUUAAGCGGGGCUCAUUCAAUUGGGUUCUCGCAUUGCAAGGAAUUCACCACUGAGAUCUUCAAUUACAGCAACAGCCACUACAAUCCAAGAUUUGCAUUAGGGUUACAGAGAGCUUGCGCCGAUUACAAGAAGAAUCCAACUCUCUCUGUUUUCAACGAUGUAAUGACGCCGAACAAAUUCGAUAACAUGUACUUCAAAAAUCUGCAAAAGGGUCUAGGGCUCUUGAAGUCCGAUGGUGGAUUGUAUAGCGAUUCAAGAACGAGACCAUGGGUGGAGAAAUAUGCUGCUGAUGAGAGUGUGUUCUUCGCCGCGUUUUCUCAAGCGAUGAUGAAGCUUGGUGGCUAUGGCGUCAAAGUGGGGAAUGAAGGAGAAAUCAGACGCAGGUGCGAUGUAUUUAACUGAUUAGAAUUUGUUUUUUUUAUUCGAGUUUCAAUUAAAUAUACCCUUUUUUUCAUUGUUCUUAUCAGAUAUGAUUGAUUUAUUGUAUUGAA